AUGUCUUUGGGGUUUCACAUCCUCAACAGCUACUUCACUGCAAAGAUGACCUGUAAGGCCACCCUCAGCCUGCUUUCCACACAGCAUAGGUUUGUCCCAAACUUCAAGUGUGACAACCAGAACAAACUGAUGGCUCUCAUUGGAGGACUGAUGUCUAAAACCUCUGUCAAUAUUGGCACCUUCUAUGCCAACUACAAGAUUCCACAGAUGGUCCCAAGUGAAACCCAUCAGUAUAUGGGGGCUAUCAGAUUAUUUCACCACUUUAGAUGGACAUGGAUUGGGCUCUUUGCUGUGGAUGAUGAUAAUGGGGACAGGUUUUUGCAGACCAUGGUGCCCAUGCUUUCUGAAAAUGGCAUCUGUUAUGCCUUCAUAGUGAGAACACCAAAACAGGCUUAUGUGGAUGAGUUGAUAGAUGUGCUCUUGGGACAAAUGAAGAAAUAUGCAGUUCUUAUGGACAAAAAAGCCAAUGUAUUCUUUGUACAUGCAGAACCUCCAUCAUUCCAGGUUUUAAGAUUGUUUCUGUUUAUGGCACCCUUCUUUUCAUUGCCACCUCUGGGUAAAGUGUGGAUUGUUACAUCCCACUGGGAUUUUGCAUCACUGUCUGUUCAAAAGAAUUGGGAUAUACAGAUGUUCCAUGGUUCCAUAUCCUUCACGGUUCACUCAAAGCAGCCCUUAGGAUUCCAAAAGUUCCUUCAGAUGAUCAGACCUUCCUGGGACAAAGGAGAUGGCUUUAUCCAAAACUUCUGGGAACAAGCAUUCAACUGUCCAUUAAAAAUGUCUAAUAUGAUUGAACUGCAUCAGUUUUUAAAGAGCAUAUUCUUCAACAAUACUCUUGGAGACACUAUUGCUUUUAAUGAAAACGGAGAAUUAGUUGCUGGCUUUGACAUUACAAACUGGUCAGUCUUUGCAAAUGGCUCUGUUCUUAGAGUAAACAUUGGAAGACUGGAUCCUCAGGCUCCACCAGGCCAAAAAUUAAGCAUCCAUGAUGACCGAAUUGUAUGGCACAGAAGCUUUAAUGAGGUGCUGCCUCUUUCUGUGUGCAACGACAACUGCCAUCCUGGCUACAGCAGGAAAAAGAAGGAAGGAGAGAAAUUUUGCUGCUAUGACUGUGCUUUGUGUCCGGAAGGGAUGAUCUCGGACAAGAAGGAUGUAGAUGCCUGUGUGAAAUGUCCAGAAGAUCAGUAUCCCAACAAGGUCCAAAAUCAAUGCAUUCCCAGGGUAAUAAGCUACCUCUCAUAUGAAGAACCUUUAGGGAUCACUUUAGCUUUGCUUGCAGUUGCUUUUGCUAUGAUAACAGCUCUGGUACUUGGAAUCUUUUUGAAGUACCGGGACACUCCCAUCGUCAAAGCCAACAAUCAGACUCUCACCUACAUCCUCCUUGUCUCCCUCCUUCUUUGCUUCCUCUGCUCUUUGCUGUUCAUUGGAGAGCCAAAAGAGAUGACCUGCCUUCUCCAGCACAUGGCUUUUACCAUCAUCUUCUCAGUGGCCCUUUCCAGUAUUUUAGCAAAGACCAUCACUGUGGUUCUGGCUUUCAUGGCAACCAAACCAGGAUCCAAGAUGAGGAAAUGGGUGGGGAAAAGCUUAGCAAAUUCAAUUGUCUUUUCUGGCUCUUUUAUUCAAGCAGGACUUUGCAUGGUUUGGCUAGGUACUGCUCCUCCAUUCCCAGAUAUGGACAUGCACUCACUAAAUGGGAUAAUAAUAGUAGAAUGUAAUGAGGGCUCAUCUACCUUGUUUUACUGUAAUUUGGGCUACAUGGGUUUCCUGGCCAUUGUAAGCUUUACUGUGGCUUUCCUAGCUAGGACAUUGCCAGAUACUUUCAAUGAAGCCAAGUUCAUCGCUUUCAGCAUGUUGGUGUUUUGCAGCGUUUGGGUGUCCUUUGUUCCUUCUUACCUGAGCACCAAGGGGAAAUACAUGGUGGCUGUGGAGGUUUUCUCUAUCUUAUCCUCCAGUGUGGGUGUACUGGGCUGCAUCUUUUCUCCUAAAUGCUAUAUCAUUGUGCUGAGGCCCAAACUGAAUAAUAUUAAAUCUAUUAAAGAAAAUCACACCCACGUGUCUGUGCCUAUCUUAGACUGGUUCAGUCAGAACACAGUGAUUGAAAGCUUUGAAAGUAAUUGUUAUAUAUUGUUGUAUGAAUAUUUCAAGACUGUCUGGUGA